CGCUUCGCGAAUCACGGCCUGAUCGAUCAUCUCCCAAGCUUGCAGACAAUCACCUAACCCGCGACAACACAUCGACUCACUAUGAAUGCGACAAACGUGUGGAAGUCUGGAGCACUGCUCACUGCAGUGGGUAUGUCCUGUGGUGCAUUCGGAUCCCACGGUCUGCGAUCCCGUCAGCCACCGUUGUCUGAACGAUCCAUCUCAAACUGGAGUACAGCAUCGAAUUACCUCAUCUACAAUGGUCUCGCUCUCCUUGCCAUCUCUUUCCACCCUGCCCUCAGCUUGUCUCGUCGUGCUCGAAUCGCUACUGGGAUGAUUGCUUCUGGAGCUAUGGUCUUCAGUGGGAGCAUCUUCGGUCUAGUGCUGGGCAAAGAUGUUUGGAAAAAGGUGCUAGGGCCAUUGACCCCGUUGGGAGGCGUGGCUAUGAUUGGAGGGUGAGUGAGGGUCGAGCCCACAGUCAAGUAGUACCCUUUUCGAAUACUGUCGCAGUCGGUGGUCGAUCUGUUUCG